AUGACAUGGGCACCUUAUGGUGCAUUCUGGCGCCAAGCUCGAAAAAUCUACCUCUCCAAAAUAUUUAAUCGCAAAAGGCUUGAGUCAUUUAAGUAUAUUCAUGUUGAGGAAACACGAAUUUUGAUUUCUUGUCUUCACUCUCUCUCAGGAAAGCCAGUUUUUCUCAAAGACCAUUUCCCUCAAUUCACACUUUGCACUAUGAGUAGGAUGGUUAUGAGUGUCAAGUACUAUAAUGAUGAAUCAAAAUCAAAUACUUCAAUAGUAUCACUUGAAAAGUUGCAGUGGAUGCUAGAUGAAUCUUUUUUACUUAAUGGGGUGAUCAAUCUUGGGGAUUGGGUACCUUUACUGAGUUGCUUCGACUCACAAGGGUACGUAAAGAGAAUGAAGGCAUUGGGAAAGAGUUUUGUAGAAUUUCACAACUCUGUGCUUGAAGAUCACAAGGCUAAAGCAAAGGAGAAAUCAUUCCAGAGGACACGGUGUUUUCACACCUGCGAGGUUAUUUCGCAGGUGCGAGUCCGCAGAUGUAGACAUGGGAUCGCAGAUGUGAAGGUAAGCGGAAGGCAGCAGUGUCCGAAAGUGUCGAGCUUUGGGCGCAGAUGCGCUAGUUUGGCUGUAGAAGCAGCUCCACAGAAGCAAGACUUGCUUUGUAGAAGUGGAGGGUUGGGGAGUCAGUUAACUUCACAAAUGCGAUGGGAUGAUCUAGGUGUUGGAGGCAACGGGUCUUGA